AUGGCUUGCGAUAUUCUUAGGUUCUUCUUUCUCUUCUCUUGUUACUUGAUCUCUAUCCAUGGAGUACCCUUAGAAGAAUCCCACAUAAUCUUACCCACAGAGAGACCGGAGAGAGUCACACACCUACACUUUUAUUUCCAUGACAUCCUAGAUGGUGAAAACCGAACUUCAGUGAAAAUCAUUAAUCCACCUAGCGGUUCUCCUAGUGCUUUUGGAGCCACUUACAUGAUUGAUAACCCUUUGACUGAAGAACAAGAUCUAAGUUCAAAGCUUAUCGGAAGAGCUCAGGGAACUUAUGCUUUGGCUUCUCAACAACUUGAUUUUGCAUUCAAGAUGGAUAUUAAUUUUGUUUUCACAGAGGGUACCUACAAUGGAAGCACCCUCACCAUGCUUGGGAGGAAUGUUAUUACGCAAGAAGUUAGAGAAAUGCCAAUUGUUGGAGGCACUGGUGUCUUCAGAUUUGCACGGGGCUAUGCAUUAGCAAAGACUGUUUGGUAUAAUACUACAUCCGGAAAUGCUAUUGAGGAGUUUAAUGUGAGGCUCACUCAUUAA